CAAAUCUCUUUCCACUAGUACUUAUCCUCUACAUUGUUGCCCUAGACACUCCAUUCGCCAUGGCUACCUCCGAAAUAACGCAGACGUUGAUAAAAUUCGCCGACGCUCCCCCAGCAGACUUAAGCAGUGAAGAGCGGCUUGCCUUCAUGGCGGCAUGUGAGAAGGCAAAGCUGGCUGUUGAGAAUCCCUUGGAAGCUACCCUUCGUUUUAUGCUCGGCGGCCUUGAGAGCGUAGCGCUCAGACUUGGUGUGGACAUGAAAUUGCUCGAUCUUGGUGUGGAGUCCCAAGGUCCGAUCACCGCUGAUCAGCUGGCUUCCGGGUCUGGCGCAGACGUUGUGCUUGUGGUCCGCAUCAUGAGGAUGCUGGUAGCAAUGGCCCUCUUCAAAGAGGUUGGUCACCAUACAUAUCUCGCGAACCCGCUGGCGGGCGCAUGGGUCACCGGUUCUCCCCUCAGGGAGGGAGUCCUUCACUUAUCCGCUCAGCUUCCCCCGAUUGUUUUCCUUCCGGAAUACCUAGAGGAAAAGGGAUAUCACAAUCCCACUGAUGCGGAAGAUGGCCCGUUCCAAUUCGCGCGCCAAUCCCAUUUACAUUUCUUCGAGUGGCUGAGCAAGAAGCCCAGAAUCCAGAACGCGUUCAAUACCACGAUGAGUAUCUCGCGAUCGCAACGUGGGCAAGAGUGGUUUGAAAUCUAUCCCGUCGAGGAGAAGCUCCGUCUAUCCAACCCUGAUGCCUCGGCGAUCCUGCUCGUCGAUAUCGGCGGCAACGUUGGCCACGACCUCAUCAACUUCCAGAAGAAGUUCCCGGACUUACCGGGAAGACUCGUUUUCGAAGACCUCCCCGGGGUCGUGGCCGCCGCUGGGGAUCUUCCGAAGGGGAUCGAAGGCGUCGGCCAUGACUUCUUCCAACCACUGCCCCCAGCCCUCCGCAACGCCAAGGCAUACUAUCUCCGCCAGAUCCUUCACGACUGGCCGGAUAAGCAAGCGCGCCAGAUACUGGAGAACGUCCGAGAGGCCAUGGCGAACGGUUCGAUCCUUCUGAUCAAUGAGACGAUAAUGCCGGAUGACAAUGUGGCGCUCUACCAGGCCGAGCUCGAUAUGCUCAUGAUGGGCGUACUUGCUUCGCUUGAUCGGACUGCGGGUCAGUUGGAGGAGCUCCUUGAUUCGGCUGGGUUCAGGCUCGUUGGGUCUUGGAAGCCGAAGGAUUUUGUUCCUGGAUCGGGAACGCUUUUUGAGGCCGUGCUGAAGGGGUGAGGGGCUCGAAGAGCGUUGCUUUGUUUCGUUCCAGCUGGGCGCGAGGUGCUUCCACGUUGUUAUUGACCAAUCUCUUAGCCGUGUUUUCUCGUGUAGCUGUGUUCUGAAUGAUGUUGAGGUUGAGGUGGCUUGGGAUCUAUGUGGGAGCGGGGUCCUUUUGGACUAGCCCGAAACGAGUCGGCCUGGGCGGGGAAGCAGUGACAAUACAC